AUGCCAAGAUCAAAAAAGCCAGCGCGGACCGGGAAGAAGCCAGCAGAGCAGACUUUCCAAACGGGCUGGUAUACUAUCCGCCAGAUCCUGGACGAGAAGCGUGUCGCAAACAGAAUCCAAUAUCUUGUAGACUGGGACGACGACGCUAAGACCGGUGAAUCGCACGAGCCGACCUGGGUUCCGAGUUCCGACGUAACUCCCCUAGCCAAAAGUGAAUGGAAGAAUCGGAAAUCAACGACCGCCUCCAAACCGCCGUCUGCGACAUCAGUAUCCCAAACCGGCCAGACUGGUCAGUCCGAUCAGUCCCCUCGACCUGCCAAUUUCCGGCAUCUAGAGCGAACGAAAUCGAAAUCACGCGCCCGGUCUUCCUCUACUGCUUCUAGCAUUGAUGCUGGGCCCGCAAGGAAGCGCCUCCGAUAUAGUCCCAGUUCUUCCACAGAGCCUGUCCCUUCCAUUGUCUCGGCGCCUUCUCCUAGCCCUGCGGCUGAUGUCCCGGAAUUUGAGGGACCAGCUGGCGUCCAGACCGAAUUGAUCGUCGAUAUCCCAAACGCGCCAAACUUCGACCCCGCUGAAUUCUUCAGCGUUUGCGGUUCGCAAUCCACCAGCUACCCAUCGCAACCACUAAGCGAGCUUGAAGAACAGGACCAGCGUUUGGCGCUUUCUAGUCAAAUCAGCCUUCGAACUGUUCCCGACUCUCAAGACUACUCUGGGCAAACACUGUCCACCGCUUCCUUUCACAAAGUUAUCGAUAGUGCUGUCUCAUCUCUACCAGAAUCUAAUUGCGCCGUGAUUCCAGAUUCGCUGGAACAACAAGGAAAUCGCGUCGUACCAGAAUACACAGAAGACACACACGAGUGUAUUCCGGAAUCAAGUAUCCCAGCUGAAACAAAUACCGAUUCUGCCAUCCCUUCCCGUCAAAAGGACGCCAAAGAGCAGUCUUUCUCUGGUGUACCCAGAUUCAACAGUACCUCAGAUAGUUCGAAUCAGCCAGCGAAAUCGCCCCAAAUCACAGCUCGUGAUUCUCUCCCAGCUAGCAUAGGCGAAGCGCCCGAAUUUCUCACCCAGAUCGAAAUACCCGAACACUCUACGCUUCUCACAAGCUCGCCUCAUCCAGGACAGCCAUCCGCACCACUGAGCCAGGCCGCCACAAGUCCGCCUCAAGCCAGUCACCAAGCCUCGCACGACGCUCAAGUCGUUCCUAAUUUCUUUGAUACCGUAUUAGAACGAGCUUUAGACAGCAAAGAGACCAACAAUAUACCCGCGCAGGAUCCCACCCCGGAAUCACACCAUACAUAUUCCUAUAUUCCCGACGAGAUUGAUCUAGAGGAGAUCAGUAUGGCAGACAGCACAGGCACUCAGCGGUCCGCAGUGGACGAGCUGAAUGACCUGUUUACUAUAAAUCCUACAACCGACUCUCAAGCACAGUCACACGACAGAAAUCAACCAGCAGCGACAGAAGAUGGCGCAUCUGAGAUUUUCAAGCUGCAAAACCAACCGAGUCAGAAUCCGUCAGCAAGCGUUGACUCGCUCGACCCGAACCACUGGCACCCACCUACAGUAGAGGCUGUCGACGAAUCAGACUUGACAGCUUCAACUAGUGGGAUCGCUUUCAAUACUCAGCCGGAUACACAUGCGCAGUUGCUCAUACCUAUGUAUUCUCACGAAGGACUGCCUGGUACCAUCUCACCAUCAGAAAUAUUGGCAUCUGCUGGAGCGGUGUCGGAUGGUAACGCGAGCCCGAUCCUUGAACCACCGGGAGUGAUCCCAGCUGCUGUUUUUGGAAGCUCUGCUGAACCCAUAAUCGCGGGACAGCAAUCGCCAGGCUCGCCGUCAUCAUCUGCCACAAGCGACGACCCCGUUUUGAUGCAUCAUCUCAUCACAUUGCCGUUCCAAGCCAGCUUGCGGCCCCAAUAUGAUGACAUCCUGCUUGCGCAUAGAAAGCACGUCAAGGAAUUCUCUGAAGUCUUCAGCAACGAAGAGUACGUCGAGCCGAACCACAGUCUCGUCCAAAAGAUUGACGAGCUAUUUUGCGCUCUUCGCAAUAUCUGCGACUACCCUCAAGACCUUAUUGGGACGUCACUUGAAAAGCUGUCGCCGCCUGACCAGGUGAAAUAUGCCUGUGACGCCAACCCAAAAUUCAGUUUCGUCUUUGAGCUUCUACAAGGCAUAGAGACUAACAUUCGCGUCCUCAUUGUCGCCCAGUCUGUGGAGCUUCUACGGCUUUUGGCACAUGUUGCGGCAACGCUGGAUAUUGAUUGUUCUGCACGAGCGCUCGAAUCAUUGCACAACGUAUCGAAUAACUCUGCGUGUAAUGUAACGCUGGCAUUACCGAACGACGAAUUUGACAUUGAUGAAUUUGAGGUUGUCAUUGGCUUUGAUCACUCGUUCGGUAGCUCCCCAGUAGCGCAGGCUUUAUUACGAGAAGGGCAAGCAGUACGCCCGCCAAUGGUGCUCACCCUUGUUACUACCCACUCUAUCGAGCAUAUUGACCGGCAACUACAGGGAGAACUGAACCCUCUGGAAAGACGGAAUGCUCUGCUGGCGAGCAUUGUCAAUGCCAGGAAGCUUACUAGUGACCCCGACCCCGGGUACCCUGAACCCCACUCAAUUGCGACUAUGUUUUACGAAUUUCUGAACGGAGCUGCUGAAGAAGUGUUUUGGGACCCUAUUUCACUGCCAGAGGAUGUGCUCGAUAUCUAUAUGAGCUCGCAGUCGCAGUCGCAGUCGCAACAGCCUGCAGUGGCCGAGACCGAAAGUAGUCGCAAGCGCAAGCUUGAUGAUGGCAACGAAGAAGAGGUGAAGAGGAUGCGCUCCACUUUCAAGGAAUCCUCGGCCAACAAAGAAGAAGUACCUCUGCCUGACGAUGUGCGCAUGCUCCUUGACUCUGUAUCAGCGGCAGGUCAAGCUCUGCCCGGUUCACGGGUGUCGAUUCGAGUUUCACUUUCGGUGCUGCAGGCAAUCGCUGAAGAGAUGUCUGAGCUUGAGCGGCGAGCUGCGGCAAGUGACAAGGAGGCCCAAUAUAAGAGUGUUAUCGAGAGCCUAGAAGCACGUCUAAAGGAAUAUGAGCGAACCUCUGGCAAGACUUAUCAGGCAUAUCGAGCAGCAGUCGAAGAGCGCACCAAGUUCGAAAAAGAAAGGACGAAGGCAGAUGCGGCGCUACGAUCGGCACAGGAAGCAGCUGAAAAAGAGAACACAAAAUUGCAGACCAAGAUCGGCGAGCUAGAAGUCACCGUUUCACGGCUUGUGUCGGAUAGCGCGGAAGCGAAUCCACUAGCAGCUUCGGAGAAACUGCUCACGGAAACUCAGGAUACGGUGAAGCGUCUCGAAAAGCGUCUCGAGAAUGCGACACAGGAUGGCGAAUAUGCCAAGAAUGCAUAUCAAGAAGCAUCUAGCGCGGCGACGGUAUUGCAAACGGAGAAUAAGGAGCUCAAGACGCAGAAUGAGAAGCUGCUCCAGCGCAGCUCGGAGAACGUGACCAAGAUCCACGAAAUUCAGAGCGAGUCAAUGGCCAAGGUGUAUCUGCAACAGAUUUCAGAGCUCAGGACUCAGUUGCGCGAGCGCGAGACGGAGCUGGAUCGCACAAGGGAGGAGCUGCGGCAGGCGAGGACGCGCCGGGAGACGCGGCAGGCCAGUGUACCGCGCAGUCCUCGCAUGGGCCUGAUGAGUCCCCGCAUUGGAUGGUCGUACGUAAACCCGGCGAGUCGGGGCACAAGUCCGACGGGGACGACGGAGGGGGCGGCCACGAUUGGGACUCUACCAGCCGGAAAUGGCAAUGGGCGAUGGAACCAUCUCAGAGAGUGA